AUGACCUCCUCCUUGUUCAAAGUCCAAGAACACGUAUUAGAAUGUCAGCAUAUUAGAGAAUAUGCCCGGGCUACAUCUAACUCUCAGGAGGCUGUGUUGAAGUUGGCGAUCAAGCAAUACACGCCUCUAGACAAUCUCGAGCCUCGAGAGGGAGAUGUCACUAUCAUUGGAGCGCAUGCAAAUGCAUUCCCGAAGGAACUAUACGAACCACUCUGGGAAGACAUUCUUGCUCGCUCCAAGAGCAACGGCUUCAGAAUUCGAGGUAUCUGGAUUGCAGACGUGGCACAACAAGGACAAAGCGGAGUCAUGAACGAGAAUCUUCUCGGCAAUGAUCCCUCCUGGAGCGACCACCCCCGGGACCUCCUACACUUGAUCAACCACUUCCGCUCUCAAAUGCCUCUCCCUUUGAUCGGCAUCGGCCACUCGAUGGGUGCCGCCUGCUUGGUUAAUCUCUCCCUCAUGCACCCCCGCCUCUUCACCACCAUGAUUCUCCUCGACCCUGUAAUCCAACAACACGCAUCCGUGCCCCUCGGCCCCAAACCAGCCCAAGCCUCUACCUUCCGCCGGGACAUCUGGCCGUCCCGUUCUGAAGCCGAAGCAUCGUUCCGCAAAUCAAACUUCUAUCAGACCUGGGACCAAAGAGUGCUAGAUCUGUGGUGUAAAUACGGCAUCCGGGAGACGCCCGCGAGCCUCCAUCCAGGUGGGAAAGGAGAAGUGACGCUAACAACCACAAAGCAUCAAGAGUGCUUUACGUUUCUCAGACCAAGUUGGGAAGCAUUUAGCGAGGGCGGCAAGAGGGUUGUGAAGAGAGAUUUGGUACCUGAGCUGCGUGACGAGACUCCUGCUGCUUCCCAAUUCCCAUUUUAUCGCCCUGAACCUUUUAAUACGCUUGUGAGGAUUCCGGAGUUGAGACCCAGUGCGUUGUAUAUAUUCGGAGAGCUGAGCCAUUUGUCUGUGCCUGAAGCAAUAGCAUUGAAGAUGGAGCUUACCGGUACCGGGCCAGGCGGAAGUGGUGGUGCGAGAGAGGGGAGGGUAGAUCAGGUUACUUUGAAGGGGAUCGGACAUUUAGUUGCGAUGGAGGCCAGUCAGAAGUGCGCUGACGCUACGGCUACGUGGGUUGGGAAGGAGUUGAAGAGGUUUCAGGAGGAGAGGAGGAAGUAUAUCGAGUGGACUAAGCGGAGUGUAGAGGAGAAAACUACGCUUUCGGAAGAGUGGAAGAGGAGGAUAGGUGGCCCGCCCCAGAGACCAAGUAAGAUGUAA